AUGGCGGCGGUGUUUCUGCUGGCGUGCGUGGCGGCAUACCUGACCUUCCUGCGGCUGAUGAGCAUGGAACAGAAACGGCGCGAGAGAGUGACAGCUGGCAGAGUGUUCAGCCUGCCAACUAUCACGGCAAAUAAGAAAGCCGCUGUCAGCAAAGCGCCGCCAGUGCCUGGUGUGACAGCAGCGGAUGGGGGAAGCAAGUCAGCCCCAGAGACGCCAGAGCAGGAGACGGAUGACGAGCCAGGGACGGCGGUGGCUGGGUCCACGCGGGGCAGCCUGUCCAAGCCGGCUGCGGUGGUGCCAGCGGUGCCGCCCGGGCGCGGCCCAAUUGCGGCGGAGGGAGUGGAGGGGGAGCAGCACCAUGAGUUCCCAGACGGCGGCGAGUACUUUGGCGAGUGGCAGGGCGGCCUUGCUAAGGGCCGCGGCAUCUAUGUCUGGCCCUCGGGGGUGCGAUAUGAGGGUGAGUGGAAGGAUGGGGUGGAGCAUGGCGUGGGAACGCUGAUAGAGGUGGAUGGGUCCACCUUCUACGGCUUCUGGGCUGAUGGGAAGAUGCAUGGGGAAGGGGUGUACAAGCCGGCGUCGGGCGCUGACGUGAUCACAAUGCGCGACUAUGCGGAGGGUGUUUUGCGGAAGGAGAACGUGCUGCGCAUCGGCCACGUGGACCACCACAAGAAUGAGGUCAAGGCCGACCGCACGCUGCGCUCUGAGGAGAAGCGCGCCAGUGCCAAGGAGCAGAAUAAGGAAGCACGUCCAGGGGAGACAAUUUACAAGGGCCACCGCAGCUAUGACCUCAUGCGCAACUUGCAGAUGGGCAUCAUGUUCUCGAUCGCACGGAGCAGCAAGGAGGCCUCUGACGGGCUCUAUGCUGGGCCCGCCAAGGAGGACGAGUUCCUGCAGCAGGUGACGCAGUACUUCCCCCGAGGCGAGCACAGCGUGUCGUUCAAGUGGAAGGACUACUCCCCCAGCAUCUUCAACCGCCUGCGCGACACCUUUGGCAUAGACAACAAGGACUACCUGCUCUCCCUCACUGGCGACCAGGCGCUGCGAGAGAUGGCGAGCCCUGGCAAGAGCGGCAGCGUGUUCUUCCUGUCGGGCGACGACCGGUUCAUGAUCAAGACGGUGUCGCACGAGGAGAUGCUGCUGCUGCUCAAGCUCAUUCCCGCCUACUACCGUCACUGCGUCGAGCACCCGGCCACCCUCCUCACGCGCUUCUACGGCGUCCACCGCAUCAAGUCCAUCACCAAGGGCGGCUCCAAGGUGCGGUUUGUGGUGAUGGGCAGCGUGUUCCCGACGGAGGUGCGCCUGCACCGCAAGUACGACCUCAAGGGCUCCACGCAGGGCCGCACCGUCGGCACCAAGAAGCUGAACAACCCAGACACCUGCCUCAAGGACCUGGACCUGGACAUGAAGCUGGCGCUGGCAAAGGGCGCACAUGCAGCGCUGAUGCGGCAGAUAGAGGCGGACGCGGCGCUGCUGGCGCGCAUGCACGUCAUGGACUACUCCCUGCUCCUGGGCGUGCACUACCCCAAGUGGGGCCAGAACGUCUGGUACCCCCCGCACACCCCCCACAAGGGGCUGCACCAGGAGCCUAAGAGCGAGGAGGAGAUCGAGGGAGCAAAGGAGAAGGCCGCGCAGGAAGAGCUGCAGCACAGGCAGCUGACCAAGGUGGACACGCUGCUGCUGGAGCGCAACCAGAAGGAGCACUAUGCCCGCGCAGCGCGUGACAGCAGCAAUGGGGAGGAGUCAAAUCCUGCAAACCACGUUCCCAGCUCGGGCAUCGCUAGCGUUGUCCGCGGCAGCACCGCCCCUCAGCAGAACGGCACAGCGUCCACAUCAGCGCCAGGUGUCGUCAGCCAUGGCAACGGCCCGGGAGAGGCCUCUGCAGCUCCGACGCAGCUGCAGGCUGCCAUGCAGAGCAGCACACCAGGCGCUGCUGGCAUCCUGCCGAGCCCGUUCCUGGAAGCCAGCAGCCUGGGCUUCGAUGAGCCCGGCAAGGGGGGCAAGGCGGUGUCGUUCAGGAAGAGGGAGGGCGGACCCAUCGACCUGAGCGACCUGCAGCAGCAGCGCCGCGCCAGCAUCGAGCUGGGCAUGACCGGCGCCUCACGUUCCUCACUCGUCAGCGCAGGGUCGAGCGGACUGCGGGCUCAGGGGCGCAUGAUGAGCCUACACAGCGCUCUGCGGGCGCAGCUGGGAGUGGCUGUGCCCGCGAUGGCGCUGCCGGAGGACACAGCCGUGGACGCAGAGCCCGUGCUGCUCUUCUUUGGCAUCGUCGACUUCCUGCAGCACUACAACUUGCGCAAGAGGGGCGAGCAUGCCUUCAAGAGCAUCUUUGAAGACAGCCGCCAGAUCUCCUGCACCGACCCCCGGACCUAUGCCGAUCGCUUCUGCAAGUUUGCAUGCGGUCUGUUUGUUGCACGCGGCUACCAGUAAAACAAGCCAGGCCCGACGGCUUACAUCUGCCAGUUGAUCAAUCAUGUCUGUACAUUGUUGCGUGUGGCUUGCUAUCCAUGUUUACCUGAGGACCGGAGGUCUAGCGGAUAUGUCCUGACAGACAGGAGGUGGCUUUGAUUCUUGUGAGGGGUUCUCAGCAGACAACUAUGUGAGGACUUGAGUAGUGUAGACAGCAUCUGGCCACCUGAUUGUGUGGACGCCUGUAUGUGCAUGUGGGCUUCAGCUUGUUUGCAAGGGUGUUGACGAUCUCCCAGCUGCUACAGCUGCCAGUAUCUGCAUGUUCUAGCUAGAUUCAGUACUGGUAAUGAAGCUCAACAGC